GGUCUCUUCUUCCUGUACGGCGAAACGUUCUGCAGGCGAAACUAAAACUCUUUUGACUUUCGUUUCCCACGCUUUCCCUCAAUUUCAAUCGCUCCCUCCUGCAAUCUCUUGUUCCCUUCUUUACUCCACGACAACAACCACGACGCCAUCAAAAUCUGACCUUUUCUUUCGUACUUUCUCGACCUCCAUCAACAACACACACACCACCAUCACCACCAUCACCACCACCCAAUUCUUCAUCAACACACCUCUUCACCUCUUCUCCUCUGCCCCCCAUUUCAUCAGCUGUCCCCUUCCAUUCUUUCUUUGAUGGUUCUUACAUGGACGCGGCAACUUUACUUCUAAUCAGAAUUUCAUGAUCGUACAAAUUAAUUGUUGAACAAAAAGUGACCGGAUUUGAAAAGAACAGGCUGCUGGUUCACUCAUAAGAGUGUAUAACUUUAGAGAAGAAAAACAAACGGGCAGAUCUAGGUGCGCAAAGCACGCAGAGCAGACAAAGGCUUACCCAAUCAAAACAAAUCAAUUCACCCACUUUACCAUAAAGCGAAUAGACGAAUAAUUUUACUCCUGGUCUUUAACAUUUCGGGACACGCCUCGCCAUUCUUCCACACACGCCCCGAGCCUAGUCCGAAAAGCCAGUUACCCGCAUUUAAGCGUCUCUUACCGAGCCACUCCUCCAACUCUGCCUAAGCCUUAAGUCUUUCACGUGACCACUCUCACUUCCACGAUUCAAGAUGGACGGUGAUAAUCAUGGCUACAUACCGGAUGAUGUUGACUUCGAUGGAUUAUUGAGUAAUGGUUCAGUUUGGCCAAGUGCGGUAGAUCAAUAUGCAUACCCACAACAACAAUCGCAACCUCAACAACAACCCCAACAACAACCUCAGCAACACAUACAAUCAGAUCCAUAUGGAGGAUAUUCGAACAUUCAACCUUCUUAUGGACAGUAUGAUCUUUCUCAUCAACCUCAUCAGCAACCCGCCUACAAUGCUCUAUCAUAUACGAAUAGUCCUGCGUAUUCUGCCGCGCAGUAUCAACAUGCCAGACCAUCAGAUAUGUUUACUCCUACCUCUUACAGCCUCGAUCCUUCAUUGCAAGAACCAAAUUCAUACCAUGGAGCUCAAAGUUCUUUCCCUUAUCAGCAAAGUACCACCCAGCAUCCCACAAUUUCUCCUCAAACACUUCAAUACAGUUUGUUGGCUCAACAGCAAAUGAACAGUGGAAUUCCAUCGGCGGCUUUUCAAAGAUCAAAUAGCGGAAUUGGUAGUAAACCUAAUUAUACUUAUGGCCAAAGGACACAAAGUAAUGAUAAUCAUUUCUUUAACCCACCUCAGAGUGGUAUCGUACCACAAAAGGUGGACCAGAAUUCAUCCAAUAAUACAGUGCGAUAUCCUUCGAUUCCUACAGAUCUCGUUCAAAAGGAGGAGGUAGAGCAACAUGUUCCCAUUCCAGAGCAAUAUCCUGCCGCGGUACCUGUUGUUGCUGUUCCCCGUCAACGAGAGAUUCCCGAACCUCAACCCAUUGCUCCCGCUCCAAACCCACUCCGAGUCACUCAUCCAGAUCUCCUUGCGAACAAUACCUCUUCAAGACCUCGGUUUUCAUAUGCUCCAUUUCUUACAUGGGAGGAUACGCCUAUACAAGUUCCCCCUGCACUCAAGAAUACCAUUCCGAAGUAUCAUCCGAGAAAAUCCAGAAGUGGAAAGGAGCUAGUAGUGGGACUGAAUAAAUCAAAAAUUUCAACAACGCCAGCAAAAAUUUCACAGAAAAUUCGAGCGCCAAAACAGAAGAAAACACACGUUAGCACUUACAAAGGCACGGGUAGAUCUGCUUUUGAUAAAGAUUCUAAUGUGCGUUCUGAUGGUACAAAUACGCCAACCAAGUCUUCAACCCCCACAGAAUCAAGCACUUCAGAAGAAGAAACAAGUUCGGAAGAAGAGUCUGAUUAUGAAGAUGAAGAGGAAGAUGAUUUGCCGCCUCCAAUAGACAUUAGUACCGUCCGUGAGCUCACGCGCCCCAGUGAUAUCCCUAGUGCUGCCCGAUGGGAUGCCAUAGGAAUUGUCUGGAAGGAUCCAAAUUCUAAUCCAAGUGCUGCUGCUAUAACAAGUGCUAUGAACGAUUAUGCCAAUACUUUCAUCGCACUUCGAACCCAAAUCAAGGAUGCUACGGCAAAAUUACAAGAAGCAACCACAUCUAAAACCCCCGAGGCACAAUUACAAAAACUCAAGUCGCUCCGUUCCGAACUAUCAGAAGCUCUGUAUCAAACAAUUGAGGCAGCGAACAAACUCGGUUAUGGUCCAAUUGUCGAAAAUCUUGGUGGCCACCAGAAAUUAGUAAGUGGUCUGACAGCCACACUCAUCGAAUGUACAAAAACAGAAGAUUACCAGGGUAAACUUCCACGAGCUGUUUUUGCUUUACUUGCCAAAUUUCAAACACUCACAGAAGAUUUGCUUACGAAGAGUAAAUUUGAUGCUCUUGCAAAGCGUUGGAAUAAGAAAGGAGACCAAGAGACUAAAAAUUACAUUAAAGUCAUAAUGGAUAACACAGUUGAUGCAAAAGGGAGAGCUUCUAAAAUAGAUCAGACAUUGCCUAGCGCUGAACAUACCAAGAAGAAGCUUGAAAAGAUAGAACAAAUUAAAUCUCGAGCUACAGAAUCUUUGAAGCCCACAGCAACCAAUCCGAAUUCAUCAAAAAGACCUCAUGAAGGGGAUAGCAGUAAUGGCAAACCAAAUAAGAAGUUUGCUACUGAUGUUUCUGGAACUCCUACCUCGACAACGAAAUUGCCACCGAUACCUAAGAGAUCCAACCUUCUUGGAAUUUCUUCCUCUAAGCCAACUCCUAAGCCUGCGCCAAAGGUUGCGCCACCUAAGAAGAAAGAACCAUCACCACCUCCACCGCCACCAAUGUCAUCUAGAUUAGGUGAUAUCUUGGCCAGCAUCGAGAAACCACCUGAGGCACCAAAGAAGGCUUCGCCAGCGGCUGGACCUCCAGAAACUCCUGAAGAAAAGAAGCGUCGUGAGCGAAAAGAAAGCAGACGACAUCUUAGAGUCAAGUUCAAGUCAGAUGAUGAACUUGAGCAAAUUCGUAUAUUCAAACAUGAGGUUGCAGAAGAUGAGGGACGUCAAGAUGGCAUGUUGAGAGAUGCACGUAAUAAUCAUUCCGAGGGUAUGAUGCAUAAGCAACGUGUCCAGGCUACAGAUGAGGACGAUGAUGAGGUUAUGUCUGGUAUGGUUGAGGAUCGACCUUAUCCUACUUUGGUUGAAGUCGAUCUUUCCAACUUGGACAAGCAUACUACAUAUGGUCCAAGUUAUAUUACCAGAGGUGGAAAUGUUAAGUUUGUUACUCCGGAACAACAGGUACAAGAGCGACGAGAGGCCAACGAGUUACUUGUAAUCUAUAAUGAUCCUUCAGAAAUUCCACCAUCGGCAAAAGAACCAUCUUCUGCAAAUGAUGCCACUACUGGCAUGGUAAAACAACUUAAAUAUCCAAGCGCUCCUUGGUUGAUCCAAAGACUUCAAGAUAUUCAUCAGUAUGGUCCAGAAUAUGCACGAACCCUUGCGAUUAGUCGUUUGGAAGAAAGAAAGUACAAAGAAAUGUUAGAUAACCAAGCUCGCGGUUUCACAAAAGAUGCUUCAUCAAAUAAUGGUAUGUCUGCAUUACAACAACUUGCUGGAGCACCAAAAUCCAACACCAUAAUGGACGUAGCAUGGGAGAAUCUACAACGUGUUGUCGCAACUUUGAAGGGUAAACCAUAUCCAGCUAUUGAACCACCUGAGUGGAUGAACGAAGCACAAAAGAAGGAUUGGUGGGAUGGUUAUAAUAAGGAUCAUCCUAAUGCUGCAGAAGAGAGACUUCUUGCACAAAUGCAAGCUCCUCAAGCUCCACCUGCUCCUUCAAUGGUACCUCCAAUGCCAGUUCCUCAAAUGCAGGGUUAUCAACCACAAAUGACUCAACCGGUUAUGAAUUAUCAAGUCACGGCCCCAGACGUCAAUCAACAAGUCCAACAAUACCUAGCGAAUUUAACCGGAAACAAUAACACAAGUACCGAUACCCCAGCAUCAUCAUCAACACCCCAACAAUUCGACUUCAGCGCCUGGUCCAAUAAUCCUGCUCUCCAAGGUUAUGCACCUUCCCUUCCUACCGAUUCUUCAUCUAAGUGGCCUGGUCAUCAGAGUGAUGAAAAUCGAGAUUCGAGAGGGGGAAAAAACAAUUACAAUAAUGAUAAAUGGCGUAAACCGGGAAAGGAUUGGAAGAAAGAUACAAAAUGGGAACCUCUAGAUGAAAAUGGACAGUAUAAGGGAAAGAAACAGCCGUGUAAGUUUUGGGGCGAGGGAAAGUGUGCAAAGGGUGCGGCGUGUACUUAUAGUCAUGAACCGGAAGAUCAGGGGAGAGAUCGUUAUUGAGGUGGGGUUGAGAUUGGGAUUGGGAGGGGUAUUUGCAUUUGCAUUUGCGUGUAUGAGCGUGGAUUCCUUUUUUUUCUUGUGGUGCGGAAGUAUAAUAGUUAUUAACUUGCAUGGUUUAAGGGCAUGAAUGGGUGGAUGGAUGGAUGGGUGGGUGGUGUUUUGGGAUGAGCGAGGGGAAUAUGCAUAUCUCAUAGGCUGGGAUUAUUCUUGUAUGUGAUGAGUGGAUGGAUAGAUGGAUGUGUUUGAGGAGAAUUGUUCUGUAAUUUUAGGGGAGUUGUGAAGAGGAUGGGAAGAGGGAGAGGGAGGGGGAUAAUGAAAAUGAAAAUGAGAAUGAGAUUGCAAAAUGCAAAAUGAAGAUGAGAGAGAAUAAAGUUAAAUUUCAAAGAAUUCAAGAGAAAACUUGAGGGGUUA